AUGGCGAUUCGCCGCACCAAAUCCAUCUGUUCAUCGGCUCGUUCCUCUUGGAAUCUCCACUCCAUCGCCGUCGCUCACCGCCUCCGCCCCAUUCCAGUCGGCCACACUAGCGUCUUCAUCGCUGUCUCUGCUGUUCAUCGUGCUGAAGCUUUGGAUGCUUAUAAAGAAGGUUGGAAAGAGAAUUCUGAGUUUUUGGAGAGGAGAAUUCAGAUUGUUAAGGGUAAUGGUGUUUGUAGUGAGAGGAAGAAGGGUUGCUGUGCUGUGAAGGUGAAGGGGAAGAGUGGAGCUUCUGAUUCUUGUGAUAAUUGA